CCAGUCCAUUUCUGACCCACAUGUCAAUGGAGAUGCUGCUCCUGCUUGUCCUGCUUGGGACUGCUGUGGCAGGGGGACAGAAAGCCCCGGGCUCCUGCAGCUUUGAGACUCACACGUGUGGAUACACCUCAGAUCCGGACUACGAGCCUUGGAGCCUGCACUCAGAAGGUCAUUUUGUGGCAGUGGAGGCAGACUCCGACCGGAUGGACAGUGCGGUGGACACAGGGGAGAACACUGAAAAAGACAGCACACACACCAAUGGAGAGACCAGUGGGACAAACAGGGGCCUGCUUCUCAGCCCACUUCUGGAGGUGGGCGAAUGGAGCUGUCUGCGGCUGGUGUACCAGGUGACUGUGGAGGGCAGCCUGAACGUCUUGCUGCGCUCGGAGGGGCAGAGUUUUGACCGGCCGCUGUGGAGUACCAAAUCCCCCUCUGAAAGCUGGCUCAUCUCCAGUGUGGACCUCAGCAACAUCACACUGCCUUUCAGGGUGGUGAUUGACGGUACGUCGGGCAGUGCAGCAGGUAGCAGUGUGUCCCUGUUUGAGAUCCACAUCAGCCCUGGAUACUGCCUUGAGUGCGACUUUGAGGAUUCUCAUCUGUGUGGCUACAGCAACCAGUGGAACGCCAACGUCAAUUGGUACGUGGGGGGAGAGGCUGUACAGCUGAACAACGACUUUAGCCCUGACCCCACCUCCAACAACCACACAGGACACUUCAUGUAUGUGGACUCCCUCCAUGCUGUCAUCUUCCAGGAGGUCGCUAAGCUGGUGUCCCCAAUGACUACAGCACCCAUGUCAGGCUGCCUGAGCUUCCAGUAUCAGCGCAGCAAGGCCGGAGGAAACCUGUUCUCUGUGUACACACGGGACAGGUUGGGGCAGUACCAGGAGCUGUGGAGGCCCAAAUCAGAGAGCCAGGGGCCCGAGGAGUGGGAGCUUGUACAGGUGGAUCUCAAAGCCCCCUACUCUGUACAGGUGGUGUUCGAAGUGGCCUUCAGCAGUCCCAGAGGGGGGCGGGUGGCUGUGGACGACAUCUCCUUCUCCCCACAGUUCUGCAGUGCUGACACAGAGCCGACCUUUGACCCGUCGGUGGGCAGCUGUGACUUUGAAGAGGGUCUGUGUGCAUAUGCGCAGGGCCACGGCAAUCCCUGGAGGAGAAUCUCUGUCAAACCAAACCUCUUCAGGAACGGAGAUCACACCACAGGAGCAGGUUCGUUCCUCCUGGCUCACUCACAGCUGUCUCCUGGCUCUACGUACGUGAGCCGCCUGCUCGGCCCUAAUCUGCCCAGCAACACCAAGUUCUGCCUCAGGUUCUACUUCUCCCUCCGAGGUUUUAACCAGACGGCACAAGCUUUAAGUGUGCACCUCCAGCAUGGCCUUGUCCAAGAGAAGAUCUGGACUCAGGGAGAGAAGUCCAAAGGCAUCUGGAUCCAAGGAGAUGUGAGCAUCACCACCAGCACUCCCUCUAAGGUGGUGUUUGUGAGCGUGUGCAGGAGCCUGUGGGACUGUGGCUCCGUUGCACUUGAUGACAUCACCCUGGACCUGGGACACUGUGAGCUGGUCACAGGCCUGCCGUCUCUCCCCGCGCAGUGUGACUUUGAGUCAGGUUUCUGUGGGUACUCACAGGACAGAAACACUGAUGACGCAGACUGGCACUGGAGAAGAGGACCCACCCCCACCUCCUACACUGGACCCCAAGGAGACCACAGCACCGGUCUGGGAUACUAUGUGCACCUGGAGGCGUCCCCCCUUCUCCCGGGACAGAGUGCCCGACUGCGGUCCCCCUCCCUCCGGGGCUCCCGGGGGCCCCAGUGCCUCCUGUUCCACUUUCACAUGUAUGGCUCUGGUAUAGGGCGGCUGAGCGUGCAUGUAGAUGAAGGCGGAGAUUUGCGCACGCUGUGGGGGAGGGAGGGGGAACAGAGUAUGGGCUGGCUGAGGGCACAACUGCAGUUCCAGAGCGACAGGCAGCAUCAGAUUGUGUUUGAGGCCACCAGGGGGCUCUCCAUCCGCAGUGACAUCGCCAUUGAUGACAUCCAGCUGGAAAGCGGCCCCUGCCCAGCAAUGGAAGACUUGGACAUCACAGGAAGUUCCAAUGAGCUUGAGUAAUCGUGGACAUGUUCUACAGUCUGAGAGAGUGCCCCCUAUGAACUUGGGGAGGAGUGACUUUGGGUGGAACUAUGAGUGUGGACUGGACAAACUAAAGCUUUAGUAGUUUAUAUAUCUGAUAUACCAACCUGCUGCAGACAUGGAACAGAUUUGGCAUUUGAAGCGGGACACUACAGGUAGAAUUUUUGUUUCUUUGGUCUUUUGGUGUUAUUUUUUCAUUCCAUCC